UGCAACCGGCGGCCUGCACGGCUCGUCAGAGGCAGGAAGAAGAGCGGAUACGCCCCCUCUCCCCCUCCCCGCACCUUCUCCCCCAUUCACCCUCCCCAGCACAUCCUGAGGCACCCACGCCGAGUGGCAAGGCGGUCCGGCGACGUCAAGGUCUUGCGGGGGACACUCGCCGCCUCCCCACGAGAGAGAGCCCGCCUCGCCAGCCCUCCGGCACUGAUCCAUCCCAACGGAGACAGCCUCAACUUGAGAUCGGUCAGGAACCUCAGCUGGGACCAGCAAAGGUGGUGGGAAAGAGCAACAGGGCCAGCGGACGAAGUGGGAAGAAAAGUGGGAACUGGGGGACGAAGACGAGCCGUUCUAGCCUGGGAAGCAGCAAGCGGACUGGCAACCCACCCGCUCCCCGGCGGCAGAGCUGGGGGCCCCCACCCAGCCCAUGGAGCCGCCGGGGUCUGGCUUGGGGGGUGCCGCCAUGCUCACUGUCAUGGAUCCCUCAGUCACUUUGUGGCAGUUCCUUCUGCAAUUGCUGGAACAGCAGAGCAAUGGGCAUCUGAUUGCAUGGACAUCCAAUGAUGGGGAGUUCAAGCUGGUUGAUGCGGAAGAGGUUGCACGACUCUGGGGCCUGCGGAAGAACAAGACCAACAUGAAUUAUGACAAGCUGAGCCGGGCCCUUCGUUAUUACUAUGACAAAAAUAUCAUCCGUAAAGUCAGUGGGCAGAAAUUUGUCUACAAGUUUGUCUCUUACCCAGAACUUUCAAGUAUGGAAGGCAUGAAGGAUGAGGCAGCUACCAAAAAACCUGAGCAGGUCUCAGGUGAGGCCAAAGGGGGUGAAGGAGCAUUUGGUACCUCCAAAGCUCCACGAGGAGGUGGAGGUGCCCCACGUAGCAGUCGAAAUGAAUACAUGCGUUCCGGGCUGUACUCCACUUUCACCAUUCAGUCACUACAGACCCCUUCGCCAGUUGGACGGGCCUCCCGCCAUGAGACAGAGGUCUUGCCUAUGGUGCCUCCCCUCGCUGUUGCUCCCGAGCCAAUGGCCCCCUCUUCCAUGGCCCCAGUGGAGGACCUACCACAACUACAUAUCAGCAUUGAAGAACCAGAGGAGUCUCAAGAGCCCCUGCAGAUUAUAGUGGAGCCCAUUCCUGCACUUGAUGAGAAGGUGCUGGUGAAAGUGGAGGAGAACCUUGACCUUGAUGAAGAGGCAGCUGCUCUGAUGGUUUUAAUGGAUGGUGGAGUGAAGGACGAGGCAGCUCCUUCUGAGAAGUCUUCUCUGGAGAAGGAAUCUGUGGAGGCUGAGCUGCAAGAAGAUGGGGAUAGGCUACUGAAGGAAGAAGCACAGUCUCCCAACUUGGUGUCGGUCUCUCUUGAGGGACAGCCCCAGAAGGGCAAGAAGCCUAAAGUCCUGGAGCUUCCUUCACUGCCAACCCAAGAGAAAGUGAACGCAGCUGUUAACAGCCUCCUGGCACCGGGUGGCACAGGAAGCACCUUGACACCAACCACAGUUAUUUCUUCACAUGCACUGACUCCAGUCCUGCUCACCCCAAGUUCCUUGCCACCCACCAUCCAUUUCUGGAGUACCCUGAGCCCCAUUGCACCACGCAGCCCAGCGAAGCUUUCCUUCCAGUUUCCCAGUAAUUCUAGCUCACAAGUUCACAUCCCGUCACUCAGUGUGGAUGGACUCUCCACUCCUGUAGUCCUUUCUCCUGGUCCCCAGAAGCCAUAACCUUUCCGUUGCAUCACCGUAUUCCCUACUCCUGCCAAAGAACUGGCUUGAGUCUCUUUUCAAGCACUUGGGUCUACUUCUUCAGCUAGACAGCUGUGUGUCCCUUCGUUAACUGGAAGAACCCUUUGAUGAUCAAGCAGCGUCAGCUUGAAGAAUGAAAAUGGCAUAGCAAGCAGAUUCAUCCACUAGUCUCUGAUCUGCCAGAAGUUUCCUUUGAAACCAAAUGACGUUUUGCUGAUAUCAAGCACUUGAUGUGUUGCACUUGCUUCCUGUUGAAAAAUUUCAAGCAGCCCUCAGAUACGUCUGUGAGGGCAAUAAGAAUAUAAGCUUUAUUUGGUCUCCUCUCCAAGAGGCUGCCCGUAUUUGACACUGUUGUGGCAAUAUGGCUUUCCUUUUCUGUCUCCUGUAGUCAGUCUUUUAAUACAGUUUAGCUGAGGGUCCAAGGUCAAGAAGGCUGCCAAUCUUCUACCUUGCAAGAUAAAUCCAGUAUCUCAUUCCAUCCCUAUUUUUUUUUUUU